AUGACCGGUGAUGAAAAUGAGGGUGCUGAUGAUGAUGUUGAUGUUGAUGAUGAAGAUGAGGAGGACGUACACACUGUUCGCAGUGCCGAGUCCUUCAUUGGUAAGGAAAUGAAUAUACCUGUCCACGAGCAUGUGAGCCCCGUCGCCCAAGCAGUCCAGCCGUCGCUCAUCUGGCGCUGUGGCCGGAGCACCAUCACCAUCGCCACACGGGAGUGUAGGCGGCGCAUGCGCAAACUCACCCGCGAAUGGUCUUCUUGUUUUGCCCUCUACUUGCCCGGAAGCGCCCACUUCUCCACCGCCACGCCGGCAGAAGGAGCCAGAAGUAAGGAAGAGAAGGAGGAGGAAGAGGAGGAGAGCGCACUCGCAGGAUCGCGGAUGAAACUCUUCGAGGGCACCUGGCAAGAUCGCGCUGGCUGCAUCUACCGCAUUCUGCAGACCUCGGCGCCCUGGCGCUCCCAGGGCCACUACAUCGUGGAAAAGUACUCUGGUACCGGUCGGGCCAACUAUUGUCUGAGCUUCAGGGACGGCCGCGUCUGGUGGGGGGUCCAGCGGUACUGGGCGCGCUGGGACGGCGACUUCAUCUGCUGGUACGACUCACACCAGCGAGACUCUCUGGCUUUCUCCUGGAAGCGGGUGGCAGACCUCCAAGGCACCCUUCAGUCACCGAGAUGA